CUAGUUUUUUUUAAACAAAUCCAGAUGAGUAGCAGUUCAGGCGAAGAAUCAGAUUUGAGUGACUCUGAGAUUUUUGAGUUUAAAGAGAAGCCUUAUGAAGAAUUAAGAAAAGGAAAACUGAAAGUUAAGGGCCCAAAUGGAUCCCUUAGGUGUCCCUUCUGUGCAGGGAAGAAAAAGCAAGACUACAAGUACAAAGAUCUUCUUCAACAUGCUACAGGGGUUGGCAAGGGUUCAGCUAACCGUAGUGCUAAACAGAAGGCAAACCAUUUAGCACUUGCAAAGUAUCUGGAAACAGACCUAGUGAAUGAGGCUGAGCCAAUACCUAAACGUGCUGUGACUCCAGAGCGUUCAGAAUCUGAAAAAGAUGAACUGUUCUUUUGGCCUUGGACUGGGAUUUUCGUUAAUGUAUCAAAGGAAACAGCAAAUGGAAGAUCUCCAGAUGACAAGGAGUAUUGGUUAAAAAAGUUCUCCUUGUAUAUGCCUUUGGAAGUGAAGCUUUUCUGUGAUAACCAAGCAACAGUCUCCGAAGCUGUUGUGAGAUUUAAUAGUGAUUGGACUGGUUUUAAGGGUGCGAUGGAAUUUGAGAAGUCUUUCGAAGCCUCUCACUGCAGCAAACAAGAAUGGAAAUCCCAUAGAGAUUGCCCUGGUCCAAAUUUAUAUGGAUGGGUUGCUCGAGAAGAUGAUUAUAUAGCAGAAGGGGCUUUAGGCGAAUAUCUGCGAGAGAAGGGGGAGCUGAAGACUAUCUCGGACCUUAUUAAAGAAGAAACACAGGGUAGAAAGGAAGUUGUAGCAAAUCUAGCCAAUGAAAUUGACAUGAAAAAUGAAAAUCUGGAUGAGCUGCAGACAAAAUUCAAUUUGAAUACACUGUCUCUUCGUCAGAUGCUCGCGGAGAAAGACAUGCUACACCGUUCUUUUUUUGAAGAAUCACGAAAGAUGCAACGCCUUGCACGUGAGCAUGUACAGAAGGUCCUGCUGGAGCAGGAAAUGUUAAGCUUAGAGCUGGAGAGCAAGAAGAAGAAGCUUGAUUCUUGGGGAAGAGAACUGAAUAAACGUGAAGCCUUAACUGAGCGAGAAAAGCAAAAGCUUGAUGAGGAGAAGAAACAGAAUGAUGUGAGAAAUUCAGCACUUCAAAUGGCCUCUGUGGAACAAAGAAAAGCUGAUGUGAAUGUCUUGAGACUGGUUGAAGAACAAAAGAGGGAGAAGGAGGAGGCCUUGAAAAAGAUUCUUGAGCUAGAGAGGGACAUUGAUGCGAAGCAAAAACUGGAAAUGGAAAUAGCAGAACUUAAAGGAAAACUAGAGGUUAUGAAGCACCUUGGAGGCAAUGACGAUGCAGCUGUACAAAAUAAGAUUAAAGAGAUGAAUGAGGAGCUGAAAGAUAAAAUGGAGGAGAUGGAUGGUAUGGAGUCCCUAAACCAGACUCUCCUGUUGAAAGAGCGCCAAAGUAAUGAUGAGUUGCAAGAUGCACGGCGCACAUUGAAAGAGGGAUUGCUUGAAGUAUUGAGCAGUGCGCGAGCCCAUAUUGGGAUAAAAAGAAUGGGGGAAAUUGAUUCAAAGGCCUUCCAGAAUGCAUUAAAGCAGAAAUUUCCGAAUCAGGAAGCUGAAAUCAAGGCUGUAGAACUUCUCUCUCUGUGGCAGGAAAAAAUAAAAGAUCCUGACUGGCAUCCCUUUAAAACAAUCAUGAUUGAUGAGUCGAAUGUGGAGAGAGUGAUAGAUGAGAAUGAUGAAGAACUGGGAAAGCUAAAGCAGGAAUUGGGGGAUGAAAUUUAUGAUGCGGUGACCGUAGCUCUGAAGGAGAUAGAGGAAUACAAUCCUAGUGGUAGGUACGCGAUUCCUGAGCUAUGGAAUUUCAAGGAAGGAAGGAAGGCCACACUGAAGGAAGUAAUCAGUUACAUUUUCAAGCAAUUGAAGACACAGAAACGCAAGAGGGGAUGAUGAUAGCUGGGUGUUUUUCUAGUUAAACUAGUUCGGGUAUCCCCUAUAUGUUUUUAAAGAUGCCUGUAAAACCAUGUAUGUCCUACUAUACUCUAUGUAGAUUAUUCCUUUCGCCUUUUCUGGGGUGACUGUUUGCCGUCGAAAUUAUGAUUAUCGAUUCUGAUAUGGCACUGGGAUUGGUACUAUGUUUGAUGGUGUUUCGAUUUUAUUUUAAACUGUGUUAUGCAAUCAGUUUUUCUGCC